CACUGGCUGCUCCGGGUCCCGCUACAAGAUGGCGGCGGAGGGGAGGGCGCGGCGGAGGCGGGACGGUAGCAGGAAGCGGACCGCUCUCCGGUGCCCCCAGCCCCUGACCUCGCACGCAGCGCCCGCCGCGGGCCAGGCGCGCCCCCGCCCGCUGUGAAGAUGCGGCCGCAGCCCCGCGCAGCGCACGGCGUCGCUGGAGAGGCGCGAGAGGCCCGCGAGCCGACCCGCAAUUGUAAGUAACUCGGCGGCGCCCACGGACCGUCGCCCGCCCGCGGGAGCGGGCCCUGCUGCGCUGCGCCUCCGGCCCGGCGAGGGAUCGCCGCCCCCGCCAGCGCGCCGCUGGGCAUCGCGUCUCCGCGGCCGCCGAAGCGCCCCGGCUCGGCCUGGACCAGCUCAGCGCGCCGCCCGGCGCACACGCCUCUUGGUGCACCAGGCGCUCUCGGACUGUGCGUUAGGCUGGUGUCAUUUCUUUUUGAUGCUCAUUGCCUGUGCUGAGAAAUGGCCAAUGAGAAUCACGGCAGCCCUGGGGAGGAAGCUUCUCUGAUGAGUCACUCACCUGGUACCUCUAACCAGAACCAGCCCAGCUCCCCGAAACCCAUCCGACUGGUGCAGGACCUGCCAGAUGAGCUGGUGCAGGCUGGCUGGGAGAAGUGCUGGAGUAAACGGGAGAAUCGCCCUUACUACUUCAACCGUUUCACCAACCAGUCACUGUGGGAGAUGCCUGUCCUGGGACAGCAUGAUGUCAUUUCGGAUCCUCUGGGAUUGAAUGCUGCUCCAAUGCCUGUGGAAGGAGGAGUGGUGGAAACCACUCCGGAGAGCAAGCCAAGGAAGAGAAGACUCUCUGAGGAAGUUCAGCCCAGUGGUAAUAGUGUGAAGAAAGCUAAGGUGGAUGUUCCAGGGAACACGACUGCCCAGCCAGUCCCCAGUUCUCCCAGUAUUCCAGGAACCCCUGUUUUAAAGAUAUGUGGUAUUACACCCGAAGAUAAACAACAGGCAGCUCUUUUACGACCAACUGAAGUAUACUGGGACCUGGAUAUCCAAACAAAUGCCGUGAUUCAGCAGAGGGCACCGUCUGAAGUGCUACCUCUGCACCCCGAGGUGGAGCUGCUUCGAUCCCAGCUCAUGCUGAAGCUGCGGCAGCAUUACCGGGAGCUCUGCCAGCAGCGAGAGGGGAUUGACCCUCCACGGGAAUCCUUUAAUCGCUGGAUGUUGGAGCGGAAGGUAGUGGAUAAAGGGACAGACCCUCUGUUACCAAGCAACUGUGAGCCAGUAGUCUCUCCUUCCAUGUUUAGAGAAAUCAUGAAUGACAUUCCCAUCAGAUUAUCCCGAAUCAAGUUCCGUGAGGAAGCCAAGCGACUCCUAUUCAAAUAUGCCGAGGCUGCAAAACGGCUUAUUGAAUCCAGGAGUGCAUCACCAGACAGUAGGAAAGUUGUGAAAUGGAAUGUGGAGGACACCUUCAGCUGGCUGCGACGGGACCAUUCAGCCUCUAAGGAGGACUACAUGGACCGCCUAGAGCACUUACGUAAGCAGUGUGGGCCCCAUGUGUCUGCUGCAGCCAAGGACUCUGUUGAAGGCAUUUGCAGUAAGAUUUACCACAUAUCGCUCGAAUAUGUCAAGCGGAUCCGGGAAAAGCAUCUUGCCGUCCUCAAGGAGCACAAUAUAUCUGCCGAGGUAGAAGCACCAGAGGUCCAGGAUCGGCUUGUAUACUGUUACCCAGUGAGACUGGCCAUCCCUUCCCCACCAGUCCCCAAUGUAGAAAUGCACGUGGAGAACAAUGUCGCAUGUGUUCGGUACAAGGGGGAGAUGGUGAAAGUGAGCCGCAGCUACUUCAGCAAGCUGUGGCUUCUCUAUCGGUACAGUUGCAUUGACGACUCUGGCUGCGAGAGGUUUCUGCCCAGGGUUUGGUGCCUUCUCCGUCGAUACCAGAUGAUGUUUGGUGUUGGUCUGUAUGAAGGAACUGGCCUGCAGGGGGCACUCCCGGUGCAUGUCUUUGAAGCCCUCCACAAACUCUUUGGAGUGAGUUUUGAAUGCUUUGCCUCGCCCCUGAACUGCUAUUUUAAACAGUACUGUUCGGCCUUCCUGGACACAGAUGGGUAUUUUGGAUCCAGGGGCCCAUUCCUGGAUUUCUUUCCCAUAAGUGGCUCUUUUGAGGCAAAUCCUCCGUUCUGUGAGGAACUGAUGGACGCCAUGGUCUCUCACUUUGAGAAACUGCUGGAGAGCUCCAAUGAGCCCCUCUCCUUCAUUGUCUUCAUCCCUGAGUGGAGAGACCCUCCGACGCCAGCCCUGACCCGCAUGGAGCAGAGCAAGUUCAAGCGGCACCAACUCAUCCUGUCAGCCUUCGAUCAUGAGUACCGCAGCGGGUCUCAGCAUAUCUGCAAAAAAGAGGAGAUGUACUACAAAGCCGUGCACAACACUGCUGUCAUCUUCCUACAAAACAACGCAGGCUUCACCAAGUGGGAGCCCACGCCAGAGCGGCUGCAGGAGCUCGUCACAGCCUAUAAGCACUCGGGACGGACCCUCAGUUCCACAGGUUCCUCCUCCUCCUCCUCCUCUUCUUCCUCAACUGCAGAUAAAGAUCGGGAGACGGGCCGAGAGCAAAGCACCAGCCGGGAGACCAAUGCCAAUUAAUCUGCAGAGGGCAGUGUGCGGGGACAGACGCCAGGGGCGAAGUUCUUAGGGACAUUAAAAACCAGCAUUACAGCUCCCCUUGGUGUCGGUGCUCUUCCUCAUCUGUGGGGCCUGGGACUGUCCGUGGGAGGCCAGGCCUGCCCUGUCUGCCCUCAGAUUGACUGCCUUCUCCUGUGCCCCUGGACUGGGUGAACUCUAGGAAAAUGAUCAUCACUUUGAAUCUGUUUGUCUGCAGUGUUUGUGGGUUGAGUUGGGCAGAGUUGAGUGCCGCAUCACUAAAACACUAUAUCCAAAAUGUCUGGGAGUUAAAUAAAACCAUUCCAAUGAUAGAUAGCAGAGACUCCCAUGCAUAGGCAAGGGAAAAGAGACCCUUUUGCUGAGAUUAAAAAUGGCACGUAACUGAGAGGGAGAGAUGGUAGGCACUCUAAUACGUAGGUUAUAGGCUCCUUAGAACUACCACAGAGAGGCGUUCACUCCAGUAAUAGAAAGAAUGUUUAAGAGGACAUGGAGGCGGGGAGGUGUCAGCGUUCUCUUAGUGAAGUCAGGAGCAGGGCAAAUUUGAACUGGCUCUUAGAAUAAUGGGGGAAUCAGUUAAUGGUGCUGAGGAUUGUGGGUGACAUGAGCUCACUUCUUUGUAUUUGAGGAGAAGGGGGCAGAAGCACCCUGCAUAUGCUGGAUUCUGAGGUACUGGGACUUGCAGAGGUCUUGGAAGAGGGAAUUGCUAUAAUCCAGGCAAGAGGAGGAGAGGCCUGGAUGCAGUGCAGUUGAGACCAUUGUGAAUGAGAUCCUGUUACGCCAUUGUACAAAUGUAGGUGAAUAUGAUGCCAGGACUGGAGACAGUGGCAAGCCAGAGGUAUAUGAGACGGUGGAGUUGGCUUGGGGAGGCACCUCCUGCCCAAGAGCAGCUCUUUGGAGUUUGGAACAUUCAACUGAAAUGAGAUAAAGCCACAGAUAUGUUGGUCAGAGAGGCCUAGAGGGCAGUAAGGGAGGAUUUAUAGAUUGGUAAGGCUAGGAAGGGCCAUUGUGUUUUUAUCUAAUUUUGAUUUUCUGUAUAAUCCUGCCUUUUUCUACAUUAAACCCAUAACUGCUGGCUCA